AUGUCGGAAAAAGAAGAACUUCCGUCGACAUCGAAGUCUACCAGAGCUCCGACACGACCGACUUUAUCUCUUCCACCACGGCCGUUUAGUGAGAUGUUCUUCAACGGUGGAGUUGGAUUCAGUCCUGGUCCGAUGACUCUUGUCUCAAAUAUGUUCUCCGAUUCCGAUGAGUUUAGGUCUUUCUCUCAGCUUCUUGCCGGAGCUAUGGCUUCUCCGGCCACUGCAGCUGCUGCCUCCGCCGCCGCGUCGGCUAGUGAAGGGAUCAAUAGCUCGAGUGGUGGUGAUGUUGACCCGAGAUUCAAACAGAGUAGACCCACCGGUUUGAUGAUUUCGCAGUCGCCGUCGAUGUUCACCGUACCGCCGGGAUUAAGUCCGGCGAUGUUAUUGGAUUCACCGAGCUUCUUGGGUCUUUUCUCUCCCGUUCAGGGUUCGUAUGGAAUGACGCAUCAGCAAGCUCUAGCUCAAGUCACUGCUCAAGCAGUUCAAGCCAAUGCCAAUAUGCAACCGCAAACCGAGUACCCUCCUUCCUCGCAGGUUCAAUCAUUUUCAUCGGCUCAACCUCAGAUCCCGACCUCAGUUCCGAAUCCUUCAGUACUAGCUCAAAGAGAAACCUCAGAUGUAACAAUCAUCGAGCAGAGGUCACAACAGCCUCUAAAUGUUGACAAACCAGCUGAUGAUGGCUAUAACUGGCGAAAAUACGGGCAAAAGCAAGUUAAAGGCAGCGAGUUUCCUCGAAGCUAUUACAAGUGCACGAAUCCAGGAUGUCCUGUCAAGAAGAAGGUUGAGAGAUCACUUGAUGGACAAGUAACGGAAAUCAUCUACAAAGGUCAGCACAAUCACGAACCUCCUCAAAACACUAAGCGGGGAAACAAAGAUAGCACCGCGAAUCUAAACGGGAGUUCGAUUAAUAACAACCGCGGGAGUUCUGAACUGGCUGCAUCACAGUUUCAAACCAGUAGCUUCAACAAGACUAAGAGGGAACAACAUGAAGCAGCAAGUCAAGCUACAACAGAGCAAAUGUCUGAGGCAAGUGACAGCGAAGAAGUCGGUAAUGGAGAAACCGGUGUGAGAGAGAAAAAUGAAGACGAGCCUGAUCCCAAGAGAAAAGUUACAGAAGUUCGGGUUUCGGAACCAGCUGCUGCUUCACAUAGAACCGUGACAGAACCUCGAAUUAUCGUCCAAACGACGAGUGAAGUUGAUCUUUUAGAUGAUGGAUAUAGGUGGCGCAAAUAUGGACAGAAAGUUGUCAAAGGGAAUCCUUAUCCGAGGAGCUACUACAAGUGCACAACACAGGGAUGUGGAGUGAGGAAACAUGUAGAGAGAGCAGCAACAGAUCCAAAAGCUGUAGUAACAACAUAUGAAGGAAAACAUAACCAUGACCUUCCUGCAGCUAAAUCAAGCAGCCACGCCGCUGCAGCAGCGGCACAGUUGAGGCCAGAAAAUCGACAUGGCGGUUUGGCUAACUUAAAUCAGCAGCAGCAGCAGCCUGUUGCGCGUCUAAGGCUGAAAGAAGAGCAAUAA